UCGCAACUCGAGUCGAACACCUCCAAGCACUCCUCUACAUCUGGUGCUUCAGUGCCACCUGCCAGGCAACACGAAGGCCGCCAAGGAGCAAACGGAGCCCAGUACAAAUGGAUGUGCCCUAUAUGCCGAAUUGGUUUUCACGAGAAGGAGGACUAUAUUGGACACCUCUCCUCCGAUGAACACGUUAGUUUUGUUUAAUACUUUUGAAGGCUGCUUCAAUUGA